AUGACAGCAAUUGAGCUUUUGACAGAACUAAAAAAGCAACCACUCAGUUUACUUAAUUCUAUCGAAGUUCCUGAAACGCCGGAAGGUGCCACCACUCGACAUUUCUAUCUCGUUCGGCAAGCAGCUGAGAAACUUGCGCGAAAACGAGUUUACGAAUGGCAUGAUUAUCCAAUAAGGUCAAAUUAUACCGUUAAAUGUCAAUUGGAAUAUGAUCGUGCACCAAUCGAACAAAUUCCAUCAAGUUCAUCUCUAGACACUAAUAGUUAUCAACAGCUUUCAGCUAUAUUUGCAUCGUUAGCACCCGGUACAAAUGAAAUCAAUGGGAUGCCAUCCACAUGGGUAUGGACGAAUCGGCGACUGGGUAAUAAAAUGAGCGAAACCUAUUUGGUCUAUCCAACCAAGUCAACCGAUAAUCGUCUUGGCGCUAUGAAAGUGUAUCAUAAUAAAAAUCCUAAAAUUGUUGAAUCAAAUAGUGAUUAUCAAAAUUCUAUUUCUCAUCUACGAUGUAUCGUUAAUGCCAUUAAAAUAUUUACUGAUGCUGAUCGUUGCUUGGAUUUUCUUGAGAUCAUUUCUUGCAUUCACGAAUUGAAUCAAGUCGAAUCUGUCUAUAUAUUUUGUAGUGAUAAGUCUAAACACGAACAAUGGUCUAAAAGCUAUGAAAAAAUAAAAGGUGUUUUUACUGAAAUUGGAUCUGUAUAUGAUGUACUAAUACAAGAUAUUCAUCAAUCUGAAGCUAAUUUAACAUCGGUUACUAUUCUUGCACCAUCAUCAAAUAUGAAAUCACAUGAAAUUGAUCCAACAUUUAUAUAUUCACAAUUACUUAAAGAAAUUCUUAUUGAUAUAGAAAAAGAAGAUACAGAAAAACAAAAACUUAUUGACUUUUGUCGUGAACAACAUCCUCAAAAUGAUUCAGAAUUAGAAUUCAUUAAUGAAUUUGAUCGAGAUUAUUUAAAACAAUCUCCAUUAUGA